GUCGUAAUAAGAUCAGGUUACAUAAAGGGUCUGUGAGGGAACAUCAAGAAAGAGGAUCAGACCAAGUGCGAGAUUGGAUCAAAAAUAGCGUAUGAAAGGAUUAUGGUCUUUCUAGUACAGUACGAUCGAUCAAGUCAUUCAGUAAAGCCUCUUCGCGUUGUGUUUAUGGAAUUCUAUUAGAGCGGGUAGUUGAUAUUUCUCCCGAUAAAUUCUUUCCUUUUUCGUUUGUGCAUCUUUCUCCCUUGCAUUUCUGGAUCAACCAACCGGCUAUUUCCUUUUCGACAAGUCUUUUCUCAUUGCUUAAAGUAAAGCAGAAUUUUAACUUAACUCGCCAUGAACUUGUACUUCCAGUUAGACUUAUACAACGACAACUUAUACUUAUACUUAGAGUUGGGGGUGGUUCCCAGCCCUCUUGAACAAUUUGAGAUAAUCCCUUUUCUUCCUAUGAAGAUAGGUGACUUGUAUUUCUCAUUCACAAAUCCCUCUUUGUUUAUGCUGCUCACUCUCAGUUUGGUCUUACUGCUGGUUCAUUUUGUUACUAAAAAGGGAGGAGGAAAGUCAGUACCCAAUGCUUGGCAAUCCUUGGUAGAGCUUAUUUAUGAUUUCGUGCCGAACCUGGUAAACGAACAAAUAGGUGGUCUUUCCGGAAAUGUGAAACAACAGUUUUUCCCUUGCAUCUUUGUCACUUUUACUUUUUUGUUAUUUUGUAAUCUUCAGGGUAUGAUACCUUAUAGCUUCACAGUUACAAGUCAUUUUGUCAUUACUUUGGGUCUCUCAUUUUCUAUUUUUAUUGGCAUUACUAUAGUGGGAUUUCAAAGAAAUGGGCUUCAUUUUUUAAGCUUCUUAUUACCCGCAGGAGUCCCACUGCCGUUAGCGCCUUUUUUAGUACUCCUUGAGCUAAUCUCUUAUUGUUUUCGCGCAUUAAGCUUAGGAAUACGUUUAUUUGCUAAUAUGAUGGCCGGUCAUAGUUUAGUAAAGAUUUUAAGUGGGUUCGCUUGGACUAUGCUAUGUAUGAAUGAUCUUUUAUAUUUCAUAGGAGAUCUUGGUCCUUUAUUUAUAGUUCUUGCAUUAACCGGUCCGGAAUUAGGUGUAGCUAUAUCACAAGAUCAUGUUUCUACGAUCUCAAACUGUAUUUACUUGAAUGAUGCUACAAAUCUCCAUCAAACUUGCUUGUUAUUUAUUUAUAAUUGAACAAAAGCGGGGAUAGAAGUUUC